GCACAUUCCUUUCCCUGAAGGGAGGGGUGCAGCGCCGCGGGGCCGAGGCUUAUGGGGUGAGGGGCGGCGGGAUUGUUCUAGGGGCAGGAGGCGGGCGCCGAGUAGGGUUCCCGUCGGGGCCCAGCCCUGGGCCUGACAGGGAACGGCCGCGCGCGGGUCCGAGAGGAAAGCUGGCUCGAGGUGGGAUGGACUGGGCAGGGUUGAGGGCAUAGGAAGGCGUGGUAUGAGGCCCAGACUUAGGAUUGGGGUGGGGCCAUAAGGACGGAGGGCGGGGUGGGGUUUGCUUGUAAGGGUGGGUCAAGGCCAGGGAAGUAGCACUUGUUCGCCAGCCGCCCCAGGAGGCUAGAAGCGGAGGCGCCGAGAGUGGGCAUGGCGACUUGGUCCCAGCCGGACUCGGGUUUCUCUGGAAACCCCCCUGGUAAGUGUGGAGGAGGCGGGACACUCUGACCCAAGACAAAAGGCCUGUAGCUUCAGCCAAAGAAAAUAAACCUUAGGAGGGAGAAAGAAAAAAAAAAAUCAUCAGCUGUUCCUGAGAACAGCCUGCAGUGGAAUCUACAGAGAGGACAACUAAUGUGAGUGAGGAAGUGACUGUAUGUGGACUGUGGAGACAGUAAGUCACGUGGGCCCCAGGGCCUGGACUGGGUUAGGAACAGUUGUGCUUUGAGAAGUAAGGUGUCAAGAAGGGAAAAGUGAAUGUGGUCUGGAAAGUGGCCUUGGCUCCACAGGGUGUGCUUUCCUCUGGGGCCAUCAGGGACCUCAGUCCCUGUGUUCUGUCAGGGUGGGGUACAAGGUUGGCACUGAGGAGGGUAACCUGCUGGCUGGAGCGGCAGAGCAGUGGCCUUGAUUUGUCUUUUGGAAGAUUUUAAAACCAAAAAGCAUAAACAUUCUGGUCCUUCAGCAAUGCUUUCUCUGAAGAAAUACUUAACGGAAGGACUUCUCCAGUUCACCAUUCUGCUGAGUCUGAUUGGGGUGCGGGUGGACGUGGAUACUUACCUGACCUCACAGCUUCCCCCACUCCGGGAGAUCAUCCUGGGGCCCAGUUCUGCCUAUACUCAGACCCAGUUCCACAACCUGAGGAAUACGUUGGAUGGCUAUGGUAUCCACCCCAAGAGCAUAGACCUGGACAAUUACUUCACUGCCCGGCGGCUCCUCAGUCAGGUGAGGGCCCUGGACAGGUUCCAGGUGCCAACCACUGAGGUAAAUGCCUGGCUGGUUCACCGGGACCCGGAAGGGUCUGUCUCUGGCAGCCAGCCCAGCUCGGGCCUCACCCUCGAGAGUUCCAGUGGCCUCCAAGAUGUGACAGCCCCAGACAACGGGGUGCGAGAAAGUGAAACGGAGCAGGGAUUCAGUGAAGAUUUGGAGGAUUUGGGGGCUGUAGCCCCUCCAGUCAGUGGAGACUUAACCAAAGAGGACAUAGAUCUGAUUGACAUCCUUUGGCGACAGGAUAUUGACCUGGGGGCUGGGCGUGAGGUUUUUGACUAUAGUCAUCGCCAAAAAGAGCAAGAUGUGGAUAAGGAGCUGCAAGAUGGAAACGAGCAGGAAACCUGGGCUGGUGAGGGAGGCGAAGCUUUGGCACGAAACCUGCUAGUGGAUGGAGAGACCGGGGAGAGCUUCCCUGCACAGGUGCCUGGUGGGGAGGACCAGACGGCCCUGUCCCUGGAAGAGUGCCUUAGGCUGCUGGAGGCCACCUGCCCCUUUGGGGAGAAUGCUGAGUUUUCAGCAGACAUUUCCAGCAUAACAGAAGCAGUGCCUAGUGAGAGUGAGCCCCCAGUUCUUCAAAACAACCUCUUGUCUCCUCUCCUGACGGGGACAGAGUCACCAUUUGAUUUGGAACAACAGUGGCAAGAUCUCAUGUCCAUCAUGGAAAUGCAGGCCAUGGAAGUGAACACGUCAGCAAGUGAAAUCCUUUACAAUACCCCUCCUGGAGACCCACUGAGCACCAACUAUAGCCUUGCCCCCAACACUCCCAUCAAUCAGAAUGUCAGCCUGCAUCAGGCUUCCCUGGGGGGCUGCAGCCAGGACUUCUCACUCUUCAGCCCCGAGGUGGAAAGCCUGCCUGUGGCUGGCAGCUCCACGCUGCUUCCACUGGUCCCCAGCAAUUCCACCAGCCUCAACUCCACCUUUGGCUCCACCAACCUGGGAGGAUUCUUCUUUCCACCCCAGCUCAACGGCACAGCCAAUGACACAGCAGGCCCCGAGCUGCCUGACCCACUGGGGGGCCUGUUAGAUGAAGCCAUGCUGGAUGAGAUCAGCCUAAUGGACCUGGCCAUUGAAGAAGGCUUUAACCCUGUGCAGGCCUCGCAGCUUGAGGAGGAGUUUGACUCUGACUCAGGCCUCUCCUUGGACUCCAGCCAUAGCCCCUCCUCCCUGAGCAGCUCUGAGGGUAGCUCUUCCUCUUCCUCUUCUUCCGCUUCCUCUGCUUCUUCCUCUGCCUCUUCCUCCUUUUCUGAGGAAGGUGCUGUUGGCUACAGCUCUGACUCUGAGACCCUGGAUCUGGAAGAGGCCGAGGGUGCUGUGGGCUACCAACCUGAGUAUUCCAAGUUCUGCCGCAUGAGCUACCAGGAUCCGUCACAGCUCUCCUGCCUGCCCUACUUGGAGCACGUGGGCCACAACCACACAUACAACAUGGCACCCAGCGCCCUCGACGCUGCUGAUCUGCCGCCGCCCAGCGCCCUCAAGAAGGGUAGCAAGGAGAAGCAGGCCGACUUCCUGGAUAAGCAGAUGAGCCGGGAUGAGCACAGAGCCCGGGCCAUGAAGAUCCCUUUUACCAAUGACAAAAUCAUCAACCUUCCUGUGGAGGAGUUCAACGAGCUGCUGUCCAAAUACCAGCUCAGUGAGGCCCAGCUGAGCCUCAUCCGGGAUAUCCGGCGCCGGGGCAAGAACAAGAUGGCGGCGCAGAACUGCCGCAAGCGCAAGCUGGACACCAUCCUAAACUUGGAGCGAGAUGUGGAAGACCUGCAGCGUGAUAAAGCCCGGCUGCUGCGGGAGAAGGUGGAAUUCCUGCGGUCUCUGCGGCAGAUGAAGCAGAAGGUCCAGAGUCUGUACCAGGAGGUGUUUGGGCGACUGCGGGAUGAAAAUGGACGACCCUACUCGCCUAGCCAGUAUGCGCUCCAGUACGCUGGGGAUGGCAGUGUCCUCCUCAUCCCCCGCACGAUGGCCGACCAACAGGCCCGGCGGCAGGAGAGGAAGCCAAAGGACCGGAGAAAGUGAGCCUGGGGAGGAAGGGGGGUUGACGUUCACCAAGACUGAAACUGGAGAAGGGCUGGGCCUGGACCUGGACCUACAGGGGGACUUUAAUGCCUUCUUAUCCAGUAUAUCUUCUCAGAUGGGAUGACUGCGGGUCAGUGUACAGGAAGAGGCAGGCGCAGGCGCUGUCUGGCUCUACCCCCCCCCCCCAACUGGGGUAGGGUGGAAGUGGUCAGACCACUUGGUGGACAGGGUCCUCACCCUACCCCUUUUCCUGUUGAGGCAAGGGUGGUGGCUGGCAUUGCUGGAGGUAGUAAAGCUAUGCAGAGCGAAGGCCGGCGAAGGGAAAGGGGGGAUCUGUGAGAGGAGAGGAAAGUAGGAGAAAGUUGCAUUCCAGGAAGGAAGGAAGGAAGGAAGGAAGUGAAAAAGGAAAGAAAUCCCCCAAAAAAUCAAAGCGGGAAGAAAAUCAAAGGGAAAAGUUAGGUUGCUUUGGCCAGGAUUCCAGGCAGCAGGUUUGAAUGACUCCGAUGGGCCUAGGUUACUAGUGUGAUAAACCCCAUUUCACCCCAGGGGGACACACAGACACAGGGAUGGGGGUGGGGCUUAACUUUUCUGCUCCUUGCACUUUGGCAUCCUUGAAGGAGAGCUGUUGGAUAUUAUUGCCUGUAAUGUUUCAAUCUAAUGGGAACCACUGGGACUCAGGACUGGCUUGGAGGUUUAGGGUGAAAGUAGAGUGAAGAAAAAGGGGUCGAGUCCCCAUGCUGCAGUAGCCCCAACACUACGCAUGUCACUCACUGCCUUGCCACUGCCAUCUCCCUCUCUGCUUCAGCCAUCUCUGAGCUGAGGCUCCUUCUGUCUCCAUCAAAGCCUGCAUGUGAAUGCUGUCCUCUUCCUGUCAUCCUAUGUCUUUGUCCCAUCCUGUAACCCCUCACCCCUCUCAGCUGCCUGUAGCUCUUCUGCAGCUGGGCGCGGUGCUGGUGCUGGCAGUGCUCCUGGUACUGGGCCCAGCCUUCCUCUGGGAAUUUCUGAGGCAGGGGGAUGGUGUGGAGGGAGAAACCAGUGCACCAACCUCCAGGCAGUAUUCAGCACAACACUGGGGAGUGACCCUUCCCUCAGGCCUCUGCCAACAACUGAGCAAAUCACUGGGAAAACACAAAAACUAAAACCCAGCAACUACACAAAAAACCCUAGUCCACUUAGAAUUUCUUGCGCUUUGAUUUUUUUAGGGUUUGUGCCCUGUUUUCACUUAUAGGGUCUAGAAUGCUUGUAUUGAGUAAAAAGGAGAUGCCCCAAUAUCAAAGCUGCUAAAUGUUCUCUUUGCCAUAAAGACUCCGUGUAACUGUGUGAACACUUGGGAUUUUUCUCCUCUGUCCUGAGGUCUCCGUCUUUCUUUUUUGGGUUUCUAGGAGAAUGGGAGGCGCAUGUAAUGGGGGCUGAGAGCAUUCUCCCCUACGAGCUUUGGGCCGCAGGCAGCUUCUUCACAGCCCCAGCUUACCACAGGCUCCUGGAGGACUGCCUGGGGGAGACAGAGAUGGGGAGCCAAGGUAGCAGAUGGCUUCAAGACCACAGUGUCUUUAUUUUUAACUGCUACUGCUGCCCCAGCUCUGCCGGGCUCUGAAGUACUGCCCCAGACUAGCAGGAGUGAGUUGGGGGAGAGAAGCAGUGAUUCCUCCUGCAUGGGGGGGAAAAGGGUUCCUAACUGAACAGUAGGAGUAGAAGGUGUGAGCCUGGGAGUGCUUUUAUAAAUUAUUUUCCUUGUAGAUUUUAUUUUUAAUUUAUCUUUGUGACCUGGCAGGGAGAGGAGAGAAGGAAAGAGAUGCUGUUGAGCACAUGACAAAAUAAAAUAAAAUAAAAUGGAUGAUUCAUUCU